CUCUCUCCCACCCUCCCAUUCCCUCAUUCCAAGAUGGCGCUCCCUUACACCGUGUCUGGCACCCUCACCCGCAGCGCUGGUCUCGCGGCCGCCAUCGCCAAGGAGUCCAAGAUCCUCUCCUUUAAACCGGCGAAGAAGAUCGAAUUCUCCUUCGAUCCUUUCCGGGAGAGAACCUUGUCGCUGAGACGCAUGCUUACUCUUUUCAAUCAAGAGAGGGUUCGUGACACCAAUCCAAACUGCACUGUGAAGACCACUGUUGUUUGUGACCGAUCCGAGCCCACCAUAAAGGUUACUCUUGUUUCAGGUCACAAGAUACUAUUCAAGACGCAAAAUCUUGAGACAGUGGAAAUACUCAAGAAAUUUAAUGAACUAGUGAGCAGUCAAGCAGAACCGGCAGAGUCGAGCUCAACCCCAGUCAAAGGAGGCAAGACAAAGCCAGGCAAGAGAAGGACGUAGGACGUAUUGACUUUUAUAGGAAAGCCUUUUGUACAUAUGGGUGUGGUUUAGUAUCUGUUUGGGGUUCAUUAAGAAAUACAGUAAUACAGACUAGAAAAUUUCAAGUUAGCUUCACAGCCAACAUGUCGACCCAAGCUCAGCGCAAAUAUGAGGCCACCCUCAGCAUUGUCAAUAAAG